GAGAGAAACCACCGCAUUGACCUCUCAGUCUGAGAUGGGAGGCGGAAGAUUCCCCCCAUCAGCUCAAUGAAAGCUGCUGCCCUCCGUGAUCAUCUCCAUUAGUCGCUUCCCUCUCGUGCGUCUUUCAGCACCGUGGACAGCGGGCGAGGGAAGCCACCGAGGAGCCACCGUUAAACGCAGCAGCCUUUCCCAGGAAGAGGAGAACGGGAGGGGGGGGGCGAGUUGAAGUGCUGGAAGCGCAGUUAAGCUCCUUUCUCCCUCCCUACUUUUCAAGCAGGCUGAAUGUUUAGGGAGGGCGCUCAACACGCAGUCCUGAGCAGCAGGGGCUGACGGAGCUGCCAGGUAGCAAGGAAGGAAGACGCCCGGGAAGCACCCACUCUCCAACCACGGGGAGGGCUGGAUCCGGACUCCAGACACCCGAGAACCCCCAGCCUCUCCUCCUCCGUCGGAAGCCGAUCUUGUCCCCCCCCCUUCCGCCUUGCCAGGAGAAUGCUGGCAGCGGUGCAACUGGGGCUCCAGCGCCCAAUAGCCUUGUAAAAACCCUUUGCCCUGCCUUGCCUUGAGGGAACGGGCGUCUUCUUGGCAUUACCCCGAUGUGACCCCCCCUUCCCUCUCGCUCUGGAAUAAUGGGGAUCUUUUGGGCUUAUGUUGGAUUCCUUUCCUUGUCGGUAUUAUAUAUUCAGCAAGGACUUUCUUCCCAAGCCAAAUUUACUGAAUUCCCUCAAAAUGUCACAACUACUGAGGGGCAGAAUGUGGAGAUGUCUUGUGCAUUCCAGAGUGGCUCUGCCUCAGUGUACCUGGAAAUCCAGUGGUGGUUUCUACGGGCAGCUGAGGACCAAGACCCUGGAACAGAGGUGGAGAGAGAUUUGGACAACGAUGGAACAAAGAUAAGCACGGUGAAAGUACAAGGGAACGACAUCUCCCACAAACUGCAGAUCUCCAAAGUCAGGAAAAAGGACGAAGGGUUGUAUGAGUGCAGAGUGAUCGACGCCAAUUAUGGAGACCUCCAGGAAUACAAAGUCCAGGCCUAUCUCAAGGUCAAUGCAAACAGCCACACCCGACGAAUGCAAGCCUUUGAAGCUUCCCCAAUGUGGCUACAGGAUAAACCUCGUAAGAACAUCUCAGCAGCCAUCCCCAGUAGCAUCCAUAACUCUGCCAGCCAGCGUAUGCGCCCCACCUCCAGCCCUCCAGCAGAUGCCAAAAUCCCCAAACAAAGCCCACAAUCAGGAAGAGAAGCAUCGAAUUCCCUUGACUCUUCAGGGGUUGCCUAGAAAUUUUUAGCAUCAUCCAACUGAACAUUUGUUCUUAUACUUGGACAAGCACCACUCUACGCAGAAAGGAAGCAGAGUUCAAAUUUCCCCUUUCCGAAAUCCCAACCCAAAACUUGCCCGGCCUGCAAGAUCUAAAACAACACAGCCUUGUGUUGAAAGUGCUUUUUGUUCUAGGCAGCAAAUCUGACAAGAAUUCAAAGCUGCUCACUGUACAAGAGGACUAUAUGUUUCUGGACGAGACGGAAGAAAGUGUUGGAACUUCUCCUGCGCAUCCUAUCUUCUUUCAUUUGAUUUUCCCUCUCCCAUUACUGUUUCUUGCUUUCUUUCCUGUUUGAUGGUGGCAGCUGCUGGCCCUCGCCAACCACUGGGGAGCACUUGAAGGUUUCUAUAAAUACAUCUUUUAUUUGUGUGUGUUCUCUAUUUUGAUGUGUUUUCCUCUAAUUUUGCAACUCCUGUAUAUGCAAACCUAACUUAAAUUCUGUAAAUUGCUUACAGUAUGUGUGAUAUAACUUCAGAAUAGACAUUCUGUGGUCCAUCCUGCAAGCCAGUUUGAGUAUUAUCUCAGUGUGGUGCCACCAAAUGACAUCUCUGUUUCCUUUCCAACAACGCAUUCAUUUUAAUUUGUAAUUCAGUGCUAUGUGAGAUUUUGUAAUUCAUGCAAUCACUUUUCACUGGUCUGAGCCCUUGCAGAUGGCAAUGCGCCCCUCUGUUUACUCUGUAAAAAAAAAAAAUGCACAUUAAAAUUUGUUAUGGUC